AUGGCGGCGGUGCUGUGGUGCGGCGCGAUGACGCGAAGGAUUAUGAUGACGCAGCAGCGUGCACUGACUUGUUCGGCGAGUUAUUCUUCGUUAUUAUCCCCGGCGGCGUCGAUGGAAGUGUGCGGGAGAGGGGAUAGUAAGACGAAGAAAGGUAAAAGGUUCAAAGGAUCGUACGGGAACUCGAGAGGGAAGAAGCAGAAGAUGAUUGAGAGGAUCAAAGAUAAGCUCGAGGUUCCUAGGUCCACUCCAUGGCCUCUCCCUUUCAAGCUCAUCUAA